AUGGAGCUCUUCGUCGACGUUGUCACGAAGACCGACGAGAACUUUUGCGCCCUAUGCACCAACGAGAAGGACGUCGGCAAAUAUGGCAAUCCCCUCCACCACAAAGGGUCAUCCUUCCAUCGUGUAAUCCCCAAUUUCAUUUGUCAGAGCAGUGACUUCACUGCGGGUAACGACGGCAAGUCGAUCUAUGACGCCAAGUUUACCGACGAGAACAUCAUGAGAAAGCACACCGGGACCUGUCGAUGGCGAAGGCUGACGAAGUGGCUUGACAACAAGCACGUGGUGUUCGGGCAGGUGGUGGAGGAGUACGACAUAUUGAAGGCGGUGGAGAAUGUCGGGUCAGGGAGCUACCGGACCUCGAGACGGGUGCGACCUGGCUACAUCCUCAGCUUUGUAAUCCUCGAGUUCUUUCUUUUCAGAUACUGGCUUGCCGAAGCUAGAAGCAAUGGUUGUUGA